AACACUCUUCAUCUCUUUCUCAUCCUGCAUCUCCCUUUCUCUCCGUCGAUUCCUCCAUCGCAACCGAACUCUCCACCUCUUCAACGACCCCAGGCCUACUUCACGAGCGAGCACCAGCCGCUAACACCGCCAAAAUGGUGCUCGAAGCGACGAUGAUUGUCGUCGACAACUCCGAAUCCUCCCGCAACGGCGAUUACAUCCCCUCACGCUGGGAUGCGCAAACCGACCUGGCCAAUCUCAUCUUCCACAGCAAAACGCAAUCCAACCCCGAAUCCUCCGUCGGCCUCAUGUCCAUGGGCGGCAGCGGGCCCGAAGUCCUUACAACCCUCACCACCAACCCCGGCAAAAUCCUCGACGGCCUGCACCGCACCAAGAUACGUGGCGAGAGCCACCUCUACACCGGCAUCAUGAUCGCCAGCCUGGCGCUCAAACACCGGCAGAACAAGUCGCAGCGGCAGCGCAUUAUCGUGCUCACGUGCAGUCCGAUUACCGAGGAGAAGGGCAAGUUGGAGAAGCUGGCGAAGCGGAUGAAGAAGAACAAUACCAGCGUCGACAUUGUAGCGUUUGGCGAUUUGGGGGAUGAGAAUGUGGAGAAGCUGAGGGCUUUCAAUGAGGCGGUGACGGGUGGCGAUGGCUCGCAUCUGGAGAUUGUCUAUCCUUCAUCCAAUCUGUUGAGUGAUACAAUCGUUGCCUCGCCGAUCUUGGCCGGCGAAGGUGGUAUGGGCGCUGCGGCUGCGGCUGGUGCUGGUCAGAAUGGCGAUCUUGGCGGUGGUGCUGGAGGUGGGAACGACUUCGAUUUCGUCGACCCCAACCUCGAUCCGGAGUUGGCGCUUGUGUUGAGAAUGAGUAUGGAGGAGGAGAGGGAGCGACAGGCGAGAGAGCAGAGAGCAAGGGACGAAGCGGAGGGACGGACGGCUUUGGAGAGUGUGCCUGAGGAAGGUGGUGGCGAGACGCAGCCUCUCCUAGACGGGCAAGAAGGUGGAAGUAGCGAGACAAAGAAGGAGAGAGAUGGUGAUGACAAGAAAGAAGGUGGUGACCAGAUGGAUACAGCGUGAUCUUCGAAGUCACCUAUUCUGGACAGCAUGAUCCAUUCAUCCCCUGCUAAGUAGCACUCCGGUCUUGAUGCAUAGCCUCGGCGCUGAUUCACACCCACA